CGGAGCACCAUUUAUCUGUACCCUCGUUUCUUAUAUAAAAACCAAAACCCUACUUUUCUUCUCAAUCUCAAUCCAAUCUUAACCAUGUCACCGGCUAAACAAUACACCUCCACCACCGCCGCCACCAAGCCUCCGAUGAAGAAGACCAGUUUUGCACAGACUUGCAACCAAUUGAGCGUGUUUCUCAAAGAGAGAGGCAGUCUCAAAGAUCUUCAUCGUGGAAUCAAUCCGAAAUUUGAUGAUACAGAGAAAUCUCCGGCAGCGAUGACGACUGUUGAUUUAUUAAGCAAUAUGGAAAAUCAAGGUCAAAAUACUGCACAAGCACAAGCCGAGAAAUCAAUGAAUCUUCUUCCUCGUAAUGAUACCUUAGAUUACUUCGCUACACUAGAAGAUUCGACAAACAAAGUUGUUUCCAGUAAAUCGGAAUCGAAAACUGCACAAAUGACCAUAUUUUACAAUGGAAAAGUGAUCGUGUUUGAUGAUAUACCGGCAGAUAGAGCGAGAGAGGUGAUGUUAGCAGCCGGAAGUUUUCCUCCGUCGAACGGUAAAGUCGACACCGGAGUUGAAUUGGCCUCAACUUCAAAUCAAUUUUCUGAUGUGCGCGGAUCAAAUCAACCGAUUCACGUGCAAUUUCAAGCCAACGGUUUGGAUUUGCCGAUUGCUAGAAGAGCGUCACUCCAUAAGUUUUUGGCAAAGAGAAAGGAAAGAGCCGCCGUAAGAUCGCCCUACCAAUUACACAAUCCGCCACCAGCCGCCGGAGCUUCCAAGAACGAACAUAAGUUUGAGUUUGACCUCAAUUUAUAGCCAUCCAUUACGGAUCUUAGUUUUGGAAGGAAAACACCAUUUCCGCCAACAAGAAAAUUUAAUGUAGCCAUAAAUAAUUUUAUGAUCAUAAAUUUUUUACUAUAUGAUUAUUCACUUUCACUUA